AUGCUUGCAGUGGUUCUGUCUGCAUACAUGUAUUUUCUUGAAGGGAGUUGUUGGGUGUUCUCAGGAAUUGCCUUCACGCAGGGAAGGAAGGGGCAGAGACGAGAGAAAAGGGGGAGCAAAGAAAAAAAAAGAAGAGGGGUUGAAGAGGGCAUGGCGACAUCGUUAGAGAAUGUGGUGUGGGCGCCCGUGAUGCAGGUGUUCCCCAACUACUUGGACAUACACGCCCAACUCCGGGGCCUUGACAACUUUGGUUUCCGACUGCUGGAGGAGCAGCUGCAGAUGGUGCUGCAGGACGUGUUUGUUGCUGUGGAGAGGUCCCCUACAAAUCCAGCACAGGGGCAGAAACCGAAAUUUCCGUACGCCAUGGCGUGGCCCAUCAGAAUUACCCCUGCGGUGACGGAGGGUGACGGCACACUCUCGCAGGGGGCCGUGCUCGCAAUCACCGACAUGUUUACAUCAUUCCACGCGAUGCUGGCUCUCCUGCCAUCACACCCCGGGCACGUCUCAGUGUCCAUGCAGUGCAAUAGAAUGCAGACAAUUCGGGAGAAGGAUGCCAUCAUCGUUGUAACACGCAUUGAUAAGAUCGGCAACCGUUUGAUUUUCACUACCGCGGAGUUUCUCCGUUCCAUGUCACCGGCCGUGGCUAUGUUAGACUUUGCUGAGAAAGGAAUAGAUGCGGCGAUCCGAUGCCACUCCCUCUGUAGCAAUGUAAAGCAUGUCAAGGCAGUGUUGACGCCAAUUAUCGAAACACCCACAUAA